AAAUCCGUGAAGCUUUCCGGGUGUUGGACAGGGAUGGGAAUGGUUUUAUAUCCAAGCAGGAGCUGGGCAUGGCAAUGCGUUCCUUGGGAUACAUGCCCAGUGAGGUGGAGCUGGCGAUUAUCAUGCAACGCCUUGACAUGGAUGGGGAUGGCCAGGUUGAUUUUGAUGAAUUUAUGACUAUUCUGGGACCUAAGCUGGUAUCAUCAGAAGGCAGAGAUGGCUUUCUGGGAAAUACAAUAGACAGCAUAUUCUGGCAG